AUGAUCGUCCACAUCAACCCAGAGGCCGAUGGUUUGCCUAUCUUGCAGUGCUCCGCCGAGUUCUUGAGUCUGAGUGGGCCUAUAUGCAAAGGCACAGGGCUGCUGCAGUGGGUCGUCAAUCAGAACUCGUUUAUGAAAUGGGCAACGGUGACCUACAACAGUAUGAUGGAUGAUCAUGAGUUCGGCGACGGUGCGCAGGAUACAAAACCCAGCAUGGAGACAUUCAAUAUCCGGCUCAAGCUGCCUCACAUGGGCGUGGCAGUCUGCGAAAUAUCUGCGAACGCAGUUUUGAGAUUGGAUGUCACAGAGGACGGGGGCAGCGACGUGACUCCUUCUAGACAAAUUAUGCUGGUGCUAGAAAACGUGAUCCGCGUCCCCAGGCGAUCCUCCUCGAAGAGGCGCCGCCAGGAGAGUCGGAAACUGUCGUCGAAGUUGACGUUGUGA